CUCCUCCCAGUUUCCCAUACAAGAUUUCCAGCUUGGCUGUCAAGUGGCGGCGAAGUAAUCAUUUGAUUUGGAUACGGCUCCGCAAAUCCCAGAGAGUGUGUUAUUCCGCCGUAAGGCAGGGUCUCCCCAAGUCCAGGUUUAUGGUUCUGGUGUACUGCCUGGUGUCUAUCCUGCUGAUAGUGGCUCUGCUCCAGUGGGAGUUUGUUUCUCAUUCCAAGGACCUGUCUGUGUUCUUCCUGGACAACUCUCUGGUGUGUAUCGUUUGCAUGUUGGUCUCGAUUCCCCUCCUGGCUAUUUUCCUGUUGGUGCGUAGGGUGCGGUACCUGCCGAUCCUGGGGUGGCUCCUUGUGCUCGUCAUUGUAGAACUUCUGGUGGUUGGUAUCUGUACCCUGGCAGCCAACUGCAACGGCUUUGAGUUCCUGGCCCUGUUCGGGCUAACUGCCGUCCUGAUGGUUGUCAGUCUACUGAUAGGCAGCUGCAUACCCUGUGACCUAACCAAGCACGUGGCGGAGCUCUUCAUCGUCUGUCUCCUGCUGUUCCACCUGGCGCUGUACUUUCUCAUGGUUCACCUGCUGAUAAUCCCUGACAUUCUGGUGUUCCUGGCCUUCUGUUUCCUGGUGGUCUUGAUUGUUUGUCUGGUGAGUUGUAUUCCUCCAGAUAGUUCAUAAACGGAUUCUACUUCCAAGUCCUCUAUAGUUCAUCUGUUACCAUGCCCAGUUGAUCCGGGGCUGGGGGUACGCAAACUUUCCCACCACCGAGGGCCUCUUCGCGGUCAUCGUACUCUUUUGUUACUUCUGCAAGAUUCUCAUGAUUUUCUGCUUCUGGGACAGGAAUAGGAGAGUAAAGGACCUUAUGGAA